CGUUGAUGAUUUUGCCCAUCCCUACUUCUAACAGUUGCAUAACAAACGUUCUGCUAAAUGCGAUCGUUAUAGGCCUCGCUUUAUGUUUUUGUUUACGCCAAUUCGUAUGCGAAAAAUCUGAACAAGGCUUUUAGCGGAGUAGGGCUCUUUGCUAAUUAAUUGAAAAUAUUUCAUUGCUGAAUACAAAGAUAAGGCAUUGAAUGCAUCCAGUGAUCAAUUAUUUCUGAUAAAAAUAAAGGAUGUUAUGAUUUCGUUUAGUUUGUGAAUAAUUCAAGGCAAUAUGACUUACAAUAAGAACCAUAAGAUAGUACUGCAAGCUAUUAUCCAUGAAGGUGCCAUGGAAGAAGAUCAUGGGAAGCAAUUAAUCGAAAAAUUAUUUGCGGAAGUAUUACACAGAAUAAAUACAAAGUUACAGCCUUUAAAUAUGAUUAUAAAAUACAUAAAUUGUGAAAUCACCGGUCUGUUAUAUUGGGUUUUUGCAAAUACAGCGCAAGAUACAAGUAUCAGACCUCAACUUGAGUACUCAGAAGUCCAUCUAACUCUUCUGCGUACUAUAUUUUCUGAAAUUGUCACAUCAGACGAAGGUCAUGUAUCAAGUACAUGGUGUCUCAAUCUGUGUCCCUCGUCAAAUAUAAAUUUAUCUAAAAAUAGUGCUCAGAUGUUUUUAAAUGAUAUGGUUGAAAAAAAAUGGUUGUUUUGCAAGGAUGGUCAGUAUUAUAUAGGGGUGAGAAGUAUUGCAGAAUUAUCUCAGUAUUUCAAAGAUUCGCACGAGGAUAAACUUCGCACUUGUACCUUGUGCAAGCAAACUCUCUUUUAUAAUUUUACACAGGGUCAGAAAUGCGAACAAUGUGAUGCUGUAAUACAUCUUUAUUGCUUAAGUACCUAUACAAAAGAUCAAAGCAAUUUAAGAUGUCCUAACUGUGACCAUAAUAUUUUCAAUCUUGAUUGUUCAGAUGAUGCUAACAACUCUCCAUCAGAUACAGAAGUUUCCAUAAGCAAGACAAAAAGACCGACUCGGAAGAGGAGAAAACAUUAAUAUCAGACAUUUCUUUUUAAUACAUUAUUUAAAAAGUUACUUUGAAUAUAAUAUAAAGACGUAGAUCUGCCUUUAUUUUUAUAUAAAAAUUAUGUACAGGCCUUAAAUAAUACUGAAUAAAACUUUAUAUUAUUUGCUGUGAUU